AUGCGAUCAAAUAAACCCGUCCAAAUCCUUUUCUUAGCGUCACUACUUCUCUUAGCCGCCUUCAUCGCCGUCCCGUCAAAGGCUAGAUCAAAGGUACCAUUCUCUAUUCCAACACUAGGGACCUUUCAUUUCAUACCCAUCUCACGUCCAAAUCUCAAUGCGUUUAUGCAACAAUCCGAAAUCAUAUAUCAGCGUGCGGUAGCACAAAGAAGGGAGAUCCGACGUGUUUUUCCUAAUCGAGGAUUCUUUCCUGCCAAGGAUGAGAUCACUUUCAAGGAAACUCCAUGGAGUAUUUGGGAUUUAGUCACCCCGAGUUAUGGUUGUCCAUGGGAAAUGGAGAGACUUGGGAGGGUCGGAGAAGGAGGUUGGUGGAUUUGUGGGAUCAGUAAAUUUGCGAAAGGGGAAAAGCCUUGUGUCGUUUAUAGUUUUGGAGUAGGAAAUGAUUCCUCAUUCGAAGCCGAAAUUCUUGGUCGAACUAAAUGUGAAAUCUGGGGCUUUGAUCAACAUGUGCCGGGAUUUAAUUUUGGCCCAGAAGUUACUGAAGAAAUGAGAGGACGGGCACAUUUUGAGAGAAAUGGGGCAAAUGGAGCUACGAAUGAGAGGAACAGGCUUUAUACGAUUCAAGAAUUGAUGAAAAGGAAUGGACAUGACUAUAUUGACAUUCUGAAGACGGAUAUAGAACACUCUGAAUACAAUGCGCUUUCUUCGCUAAACGGACAUACACUUCCUGGCGGAGCCGGCGCAUCUACAUCUCCUGACCCAACUAAACCGGAAUUUCCUAUUGGUCAAAUAUUGGUGGAAAUGCAUAUUUUUGAAUGGCAAGGUAUUACUGCAAGUGUAUUUCUGGAUUGGUGGGAGAGUAUGGAGUUUAGGGGAUUGAGAGCUCUACAUAGAGAAAUUGAUACGGUAGCGCCGGGGAUGGGGGUUGAGGGAGGAGUCAAGUUGUGCAGCAUGAAAUACGGCUACAUGGACAUAACAUGUGUUGAAAGGGAUUAUUUGAGAGCGGAUGGGAAUUGA